UGAUCAGUUCUUUGACCAUUCGUUAAAAGACACCGUGAAAAUAUAUUAACGUUAGAAAUGCAAUAUAAUGGUGCUUUACAUUCUGCCAACAUUUCCCUAUUCGGUACUAAGAACCACAAGAUUUUUCAUAGGCCAUAACAAGCUAAAAUAAAGUACAUUACCGUCUCUAAAUUGGUUACGACCUCCUAAAUUUUCUCGCUAAUAAUGUAUAGAGAAAGUGUAGAAGUCGUAUAGGAAGGAAGGUACGCGCCAAUAAAGUUUGUCUGUGGUAUUCACCAAACACCCGCGGUAGACGGGCGUCUAAGUUUUCAUGGAGUGAAAUAAGAGAGGAAAUGAUGGUUUUGGAACCGGAAAUUGAUCCGAAUUUGUGCCGACUUUGUGGUAAAGCAGAUGGCCUUAAAGUUGAUAUAUUUGAUGAAAAACACAAUUAUCAGAAGAAAAUCCAUUCAUUGCUACCAGUUGCGAUAUACGAGUAUGACCCUCUUCCAAAGAAAAUGUGCCAUCGCUGUAUGUUCCAAGUUGAUGGCUUUUAUGAAUUUAGAGAAAAUUGUUUGAAGACUGAACAGUACUUAAAAUUACAGCUUCCAUGGAUGCCACGUAAAGCAAGUAAUGGGAGCACUGAUGAUUCAACACUGAAUAAAGAGCCAAUGGUACACAUAAGUUCACCAACACUGAAUGCGUUCACCAUGGACCAGUGGUUUGUUGCUCGCAACAUGAUAGAGGCCGAUGAUGAUGAUGUUCAAAUAGUGGAUGUAUUUUGCCGACCUCGUCAAUCUAAUGAUAGGACUGCCAGUUCAGACCAACCCGAGGAAAGGCAGCUAGACGCAAAUGGUUCAAGACCUACCAGCAAAACUAAUGAUGGCAAAGCUGGAACUCCUGACUGUGAACAAAAUAUGCCAGCAGAACCAAAAACAUUAUUAGCUAUAAAAAGCAGAAUUGAGAAGAGGCAGAAGAAGAGCAAAAUGCAACAACCGAAAGAUUUAUCAGAUACAGAUGCUGUGGUACAGGAAAAUACUGCAAACAGCAGCAGUGAUUGUACAAUGGCUAUAAACACCUUGGCUGAAAAAUCUACAACACAGAGCGUUAUCACCAAGGUUGUUAAUGAAACGGAAAAUUCUCUCUCAAAUAACUCUAAAAAUGAACAGCAGCAUGUACAGGAGCAGCAUCAGAAUGUACUUGUCUACACAGUGUAUGAUGAACAGGAAAAUGAAGUGCCUUGUAUUGUUAAACAAAAGGGUAGAUUAUUAAAUAAGGAAGAUCAAGGGAAGUGUAAACUAGUUGUGAAAAACCAUAAAGAGCAAGAACAACACCAAAAAGCUGAAGAACAGCCAGGGGAACAAGUACAACAACAAAAACUUAAAGGUGGCCAGGAACAAAGCGCUCUACUAACACAGACCCAAAAACCACUGGAGUGUGAUGUGGAGGACAGAACAGUAUAUACUGACGCAUUGCAUACGACCUCUGUUUCUGAAGAUACAGCAUAUCUCAGUGAAAGGGGCAUUGCACAUGUGAGGAAGCAGAUGAAAGAGCAGCAGAAGAAAUCCCUCCAGGUCAGCAUUGGCUCAAGAAGGACUAGUGCUAGCAGAGAAGGAUGCCCAUCUGGCUGUCGACGGCGAAGACCUGGUGCUCAGCAGGCUGACAUGUCUGCCAGUGCAGCUACAAAACUGUCAAAGAUAAAUCGAAAACAUGGAGGAUCAUUUUUUAUAUCACAAGAAAAAGAUACUAAUUAUGCAAACAAGCCAGAUGAGGGAGAAAGAAGAGUACUAGCUCCUAAAAAUGUUUUAAAAAUUACCAUUCCAAAGAAUCGUCUCACAGAUGGAGCUUCUGACACCAGCGAAGAUGUUUGUAAUAAUAUUUGUAAUUCUCAAGAAAAUCGGGAUUCCGAUAAUGGAAAUGUAAACAGAAGCAGUAAAGAAUUCCAUAAAUCGUCAGAACUGACAAGUGAACCAUUAGAAGAGAAUAAGACAAUGGAAGAGCGGCCAGGCAUUAUUGUCACACGUAUUCCAGCUGCGUGUGAUAUCUACACUUGUGAAGCUUGUGAGCGUAUGUUUGUGACUCGGGAGACUGCAUAUAGCCACAUGUGUGAUGAAGGGGGAGAAAGUAAUAGCAGUGAGACAGAAACUGGUGGUGAGGUACGAUUCAAAGCAGGUACAUCAGCUGGGGAUUCUGAACGGUAUAGUUGUUGCGUCUGUGGGCAGCGAUUCUCACGCAAUGCUACCCUGGUGGCUCACCUCAAGGCACACACUAAGAUUUGGUCUGAGAGUGAUGACAGUGAUGGAACUGGCGUUCUCAGAGAUAUUAGUACAGACAGUGAUGACACUGAAAUCCGUGGAAAGGGAAACAGAAGACGUCGCAGAGGAAGCCGCAAAAGUUCUACAUGCCCUAGGAAGUCUGUCAAGCUGUCAUUACCUGUUGUUGUUUAGGUACCUGUGUGCUUUGACUGUACUUUCCAUACAUUAAGCUAUUUUUGUCAUUUAUCUGUCAUCAGCAGUAAUGAAUGACUUUUUAAGGGCAUAUUAUAAGUUCUUGAAAGGCAUAUAUUUAUUUUUUCUGUAACUGAUUUUUGUAUCAGGUUUUCUUACUUGUCUUAUGUAAAUAAUUUGGUAAAACCUUGCCAAAUGCAGUCUUUUUAUGUGUAUAAUACAUACAAAUUCUGCAGAUGCGUAAAAACUUAUAAAUAGUUCAUUUAGGAUGGCCUGUAAUGGCUAAUAAUGAUUGUGUCCACAAGUAAGUGUAUUGCACUUAAGUGUGACUGGUACAGAGCCCUUAAGUUUCUGUUGUUACCAGUUAUUUUAUUCAGAGAUUUGUGGUCAUUUGUUAUGUGUACAAAUUUUUGUAAUGGUUGUUAUUUUUUUUUUAUUUAUGAUUAUUCUUACAUAAGAGUUUUAUCACUGUUACAUAGUCAUAGGUUUAAUUAUAUAGUCUUACAACACAAAAGAUAAUGCUUGCUUUCCAAUUAAGCUUUUGAAUGUGUAUUGUGUGUUUUACUGUCAGUAGUUCAUAUUGAUUUCGUCUUUCUCAAUUACCAAUUACAUUUUGUCACUUUCUAGAUUACACUGUUUGCAGAAAUUGAGGACAAAAUGUAUGGUAUGCUUAUCAUGAGAUUUUAUACUGCCAAAGUGUGUGUAUUUAUUAAUUUUUUGAACAUUUGAUUACUAUAUAUGUGUGUCGAAGUGAUAUGAGUUUCCUAGUGCCACUAUUAGGAUAUGAAACUGAGAUAAGUUGAGAUAUUUUAAAAUAGCCCAGAUACAGAUUUUUGAAAAAAUCUAAGAAGUUUUGUAUUUUCUAUAAAAUGGAAAAAAUGGGAGAAAUCAUCAUGAGUGUGUAGCCAGUUUUCAAAAAUUGGAUGAUGAUGAUGAUGAUGAUGAGAAACAAAGUAUUUACAUUAUUCUUCCACAAUUGUCUCUUUUACAAAACAACCGUUAUAAUACAACUGUUGUCUUCAGUUUUAGUGAUGUCUUUUCUCUCAUUUGCUUUACAAGUGAAUACACGAACAUGAGAAAGUUGAAUCAUGUAAGUUAACUUUUUAAUGAGUAACAUAGGUCCACUGCAGCACACGAAUGAGACUCAUUCAGCAGUUUGUGCAGCUUUGUCUGUGAAUUUUAUAUCUGAAUGAAACUGAAGCUUCCAUUGACCAUACCUUGCAGGCUUUCACAAAACGUUAUGCACUGAGGCAUGCCUUAGAUUGUGGCCUAAUGACCAUAUAAUAAAAGUCACCAAGUAUGUAAAGCUUCCAUUAUUUGAAUUCUGUAAACUUUUCAUAUGUGAAAUGAUUAUUUACAGGAAGUAUCUAAAACAGAAAAUUUUUAGUACGUCAAGUAUAUUUUUGAGAGUCUCUUAAAAUGCCUGUAUUUAUUUAAUGUGAGAAGUUGUCUUCCGUUGUAAUUUGAACAGUUUUUUUUUAUCAUGAUCAGUAGUGUAUUAGUGUUCCUUUGCCUUUAUUUCUCUAAAGAACUAGAGAUUUGUAGAUGGGAAGAACAAUGUUUACUUGCCCAUUGAAGAUAAUGAGUAAAUCUACAUCUACAUGGAUACUCUGCAAACCACAUUUAAGUGCCUGGCAGAGGGUUCAUCGAACCACCUUCACAGUUCUCUAGUACUGAACAAAAGUUGAAGAUGGACUACAGUCGUCUUGCAGAUGAAUCUCGGGUAGCAUGCAGGCACACCUAAAGGGUCACCUCAGUGUGACACAGUAGUCAGACUGAAUCCAAAGGUCCAGGAUCCAGUCCUUGGUUGGUCAUGGGAUAUUUUUUCCUACCAGUUAUCACUUCUUUCACCUGGAAAUGAUUUAUUAUAUGAAAAUUGUAAGUUUGUAUUGUGAUUUAGAGUCUACUUUAAUCUGUAGGUCCCUCUUUUACUGUCUAGGUCAGUCAGUUCAAAGAUCAGAGGGAGGCAAGGACAUACCACUACAGUAGGGACAUACCACUACAGUAGAACCUUUCUAAAGCACUGCCACAUUCAGACCAACUUUCAGGUUGAGAACUACUUUACCUUGUAGUGCAAUUCUAUGGUUUUUAUUUUUUUCAAUUUUAGUGUGCCUAAGCGUCAUCCUUCAUUCAUCUGCUUAUGAAUGAUUGACUUGUAAUUUUUUAUUACCUUCUGAGAAUUUCUGGCAUGGAAAUUGUCAAUUUGUAGUGUAAAAGGAGGCAGUAGAUGCAAAUGAAUUUGAAAUAUUUGUGACAUGUUGAAAUUGUUUGCUGGACUGGGACUUAAACCAGAAUACUUGCUUCUGCCAGGCAGUGGGCUGAAUUGCAUUAAUUGUGCAUGCCUCACAGACUGAUUUAAGAUUUUCAUUUCUUGCAUGUUUCCCACCUCUUCCAGGUUGAGAAUGCUAGUCUGGUAUAAAAAUUUAAGUUUUCACAAUUAUUUCAUCACUAUUAAUUUCAGCUAAGAGUAGGGAAACUUUUAUUUCUCAAAAGAUGGUAAUUAAAAUUUACUUUAUCUGUUAAAAUCAGGAACUCUUGUUGACUCUUUUUGUUAUCCAAUAUAUAAUGCUGUCAUGGUGUUUCUGGUUUUCUUUUCAUAAUGUUUGUAUAAAGUUGUACUGAUGUUGUUCAGUUAUUUUUGAAAGUUUUUGUAAAAGAACAAAUUGUGCACUUAUCAUUGUUUAAAGAAAAUUACUUGUUUGAACCACACUUAACAGCAUAGGAGGUUCUGCAGUGGUUUUACCAACAGUGCUCAAGAAAUACUAAAUUAUUAUCAAUGAAUAAAUUGCAACAUAAAGCUUCCAAUAGCUUAAGUGUAAUGACUUUUUAGAUGUGUAUUUGAUGAUCUCUUUUUCUAGUUAUGUAUA